AUGUCGGCCCCCAAAGAACUUAAGAUGGAAUACACAAGACUCGGUAACUCGGGAUUAAAGAUAUCCAAGGUUAUCUUUGGUGCCAUGUCUUUUGGAUCAUCUGAAUGGCAAGACUGGGUACUUAACGAGGACGAAGCUCUUCCAUUAUUGAAACACGCAUACGAUCUCGGGCUGAAUACAUGGGACACUGCAGAUACUUACUCCAACGGAAGAUCCGAGGAAAUCAUCGGAAAAGCAUUAAAGCAAUACUCAAUUCCAAGAAGCAAGGUUGUUAUUCUUAGUAAAUGCUACUUCGGUGUUGCUGAAGAUGGAACACAACCGCAUAUUUCGACGCUUCGUACAAAUGAUGGGGAGAUGGUCAACCGGGUUGGCUUGAGCAGAAAGCAUAUUCUUGACGCUGUGGACAAGAGCGUUGCUCGAUUAGGAACACAUAUCGAUGUCCUGCAGAUUCACAGACUCGAUCGCGAUACUCCCAGGGAAGAAAUCAUGAGAGCCUUGAAUGAUGUUGUGGAAAGUGGCAAAGUUCGGUAUAUUGGUGCAAGCAGUAUGGCUGCAUGGGAAUUCCAGACACUACAAAAUAUCGCAGAGAAGAAAGGCUGGCACAAAUUUAUCUCCAUGCAAAAUUAUUACAACUUGCUUUACCGUGAAGAAGAACGAGAGAUGAUUCCAUACUGCAGAGACGUUGGUGUUGGACUCAUUCCGUGGAGCCCAAUUGCCCGAGGAGCACUUGCUCGUCCUUUCAAUGAUCGAGGUACAAAACGUGAAAAUAGCGAUAUGAUGCUCAAGGCUUUGAUCCGCAGCAAAGAGACUGAAAUCGAUAAAACUGUCAUUAACCGUGUUGAGGAGAUUGCAAAGAAAAAUGGAGUUAGCAUGGCAACUAUAGCUAUUGCUUGGUGUCUUAACAAGGACAGCGUCAAUCCAAUUAUUGGCUUGAGUAGCAAAGAGAGAAUUGAGCAGGCGGUAGAGGCAGUCAAGUUCGCCGGUUCUGGGAAAUUGACUGCAGAGGAUAUUGCAUAUCUUGAGGAAGGCUACGCACCUAAGGUUGUACAAGGUUAUUAA